UGAGUAUCGUUUGAAUUCUUGCUGCAAAAAUAACUAUCACUGCAAAGAUAAGGUUUUGGGAAAAUUAGUAAGAAAAUCCCCAAAUCAAUAAUAAGCCCGAUUGGUAAUAAUAGAAAUACUUUUGAUUUGACCAUUCAAUUGGAGAUAGGAUUGUUUGUGCGCAGCAUUUCUUAUUCCACAUUCAUCAAAAUCUUCGAAGAAACAACAUAGUCUUCGAAAUGACACCAUCCUUGGCAAUGGCUUCUUCAUCAAUGUUAUGUCCGAAACUGGGUACUUGUGCAGUGUCAGUGUCGUCUUCUACAAUUUCACAUUCAAAAUUUCAACAUUUUCAUCUCUCUCCGUUGCUCUCUCCACUGGGUCGAGGCCUUUUCUCGCCCUGGAUUGGUUUAAAGCAUAUGGGUAUCUCGACUAAGCUAAAACCUCUUCUUCACAUAGAUAGAAAGGGUAAGGUGGUUCAUGCGUCUCUCUUUGGGGUUGGAGCUCCUGAAGUUCUGGUCAUUGGGGUCGUAGCUUUGUUGGUUUUUGGUCCUAAAGGUCUUGCUGAGGUUGCUCGAAAUCUGGGAAAAACAUUGCGUGCAUUUCAACCCACCAUUAGAGAGCUUCAGGAUGUUUCAAGGGAAUUUAAGAGUACACUUGAACGGGAGAUUGGCCUUGAUGACAGUUUAAGUCCAACCCAGAACACAUAUAGUUCCAGUGUACGCAAUGCCGCAUCAACUCCAUCAUCCACUGUUGAUUCCAAUGGUACACGAGAUCCAAUUAGAGCAUACAGCUCUGAGGAGUAUCUUAAGAUUACAGAGGAGCAGCUAAAGGCAGCUGCUGCACAACAGCAGGAGCAGUCACCUCCUCCUCAAGAAGCCAAGAUUGAACCUCAAAUCCAGCCUCCUGAUGAUUGGCUUAAUCAUGGUGUGCAGCUAAGGAAACAGCUACUACUGUGCCUCCACCUCAGAAGCCAGAAAAUGAGACAUUACCUCGGGAUUCGUAGGGAGUACAAAGUAACUCGUCAAGUUAUCACUUCAGUGCCCGAAUGUGGGCACUAGUGAUGGGUCACGCAAUUUUGUUACCUUGUAGUCACUAGAAUUAUGUAAAAAGUAAAGAAGAAAACCAUUGAAACGUAGCGUGUUUCUGAAUUUAUAGUUAAUGAGUUACCAAUGCUGUUUGUCUGCCUUUUUUUCUAUAUCUUAACAGCAACAGAAAUAAUUAUAAGGGUCCUGUUAACAGUGCCUUG